GGAUCGUGAAAAAUAUAACAUGGCCGAUAUGAUAUCUAGUUCAGACUCACACAGUGGUAUUGUUAUCCCAAAGUUUUCUUCCCUUGGAUAUGAGCCCCAAAACACAAGUGCUCGAGUUAACUACAAUCUACAGAUCACGAAGUCCCAAAAACUCAAGAUUCAAAUCUAGGAGCACUGAAAAUUUUAGAACAUCCAGAUUUUCUCCAAGUCGUAACAAAAUAAAUAGAUCCCGAUCUAGAUCACGGUCCAAAUCACGGUCUAGAUCACGGUCCAGAUCACGAUCCAGAUCACGAUCCAGAUCACAAUCUAAAUCAUUCAGCUUCAACUUUCCAAGACAUAGAUCUCCAACUCCUAAACUCUCAAACCUGAUGGAUAAAUAUUCUGCUCCGAAGGAGAAAAAAGGUCCUGACGUUGCCAAUGUAUUAAAAUCUGUUCUCGUUAGUGUGCUCAAUGCUCCAGAUGUCAAAUCUAUGAUAGCUUCUAUUCCAGCAGGGAGUAGUCGUGUUGAACUGCUCAGUGGAUUGAUAGAGGAACAACUCACCCAAUCUGUUUCCAAAAAUCUUCUCAACCAGAUUAUUGGAGAUACUUACAAGGCGGUUCCUUCUGUCAGUGAUACAUCAUAUUGUGAUUAUGCAACUUUAGGUGACGGCCAUAAUGUGUAUCAAGAAAGUAAAGAGCAAAUCCCCGGAUCGUCUGAAGGAAAAAUACUAGGUAGUCAUGAUUCAUCGACACUAAUCUCCCUUCCUAGUUCCAAGUUUGUUCCUUUAGAGCCUACAGUUGAGCAGUCGAAAAUGUCUUUACUAGGAUCGUACGUAAAGAAUCUAUUUCAUAAAAACGAGAUAAAAUAUUGUGACGAGGACAGUUCAGAGAGCAAUGAAAUGCUGUUGAUUGACUAUAAAGCCAAAUACUUGCUACGUGACGGCCAUCAAAGGAUCCUACCAUUAAUGGCAAGAAAAGCAAACAUCAACCAAGAGAUGUACUGUGGACAUUGCAGGCAAGAAUUCGUGUCUCUGGCUGAAAAAUGUACACAUGAGAAAUCUUACUUGCACCAAAUGAUUUCUGGAGAUUGGUGGACGAAGCACACGCAACCUCCCAAGUAUAUUCCUAUGUUUAUCAACAACGUUAGGUGUGAACGUAUGUUCAUUUGGUGUAUUAUAUGUUUUGAGAAACACGGAAUAGAUACAAAUGAGCAAUUGUUCCAGCAUUUAAAAAGUUCUCAUCAUCAGUUUAAUAUGUCCUGUUGGAAGGAAUGUUAUGAUACUUGGCCUUUACACGAGUGGUGUUUAUGGAAGGAUGUACAGUCUUUCAAACAGACUCUACCUAAAUCAAUUACUGUUGAUGGAUUUGAUUGGCCAAAUCAGGUAAAGUUUUGCAUUCUACCCGAUGACAAAAUUUGAAGACGUUUCCUGCAUACCUAUUUAGAGUUCAAAAGUUUUACUUAGAAUUAAACAGAUUUAUUAUCUUCUU